CCUUCAUCUGUAGCAGGCUAGCAGCAUGCACCCAAACAACCAGAACGCUCCUCGCGAUGGGCAAUGGUCUACCGGACUUUGUGGUUGUUGUGAUGAUCCCCUCAACUAUGUCAUAACAUGUUGCUUUCCAUUUAUCACCGCCGGCCAGAUUGUGGAGAUUGUUGAUGGAGGAAAUACAUCAUGUCUAGUUGGUGGCCUCACCUACUUUGCUUUGGCCUAUGUUGGCUGCGGAUGGGUAUACUCUUGCACAUACCGCUCCAAACUGCGAGCCCUCUUCUCACUCCCAGAAGCUCCGUGCGCAGAUUGGUUGGUUCAUUGCUGCUGCUGUCCAUGUGCUCUUCGUCAGGAGUAUCGAGAACUCAGAAUUCGUGGGGCUGAUCCCUCCCUAGGUUGGCAAGGCAAUGUAGAGAAGUGGAGGCGGACAGGAACAACGCCUCCUAUAGUUGCACCUGGCAUGACUCGUUAAUGGAGUGGGAUUUGUGCCAAUAAUAUUUGAAAAGAACCUGAAAGA